AUGUUACCCAAGCCCAGCUCGUUACCACCUCAGCAUGUUCUCAUUACCACCUCACCAUGUUCCACCUACCAUUACCACCCCAGCCAUGUUCCCACCCAACCAGUUACCACCCCAGCCAUGUUCCCACCUCAGCCAUGUUACCACCUCAGCCAUGUUUCCACCUCAGCCAUGUUACCACCUCAGCCAUGUUCUCAUUUACCACCUCAGCCAUGUUCCCACCUCAGCCAUGUUACCAUCCCAGCCAUGUUACCACCCCAGCCAUGUUACCACCCCAGCCAUGUUACCACCUCAGCCAUGUUCCACCUCAGCAUGUUACCACCCCAGCCGUGUUCUCAUGUUACCACCUCAGCCAUGUUACACCCCAGCCAUGUUACCCACCCCAUGCCUUUACCACCCCCACAUGUUCCCACCCAGCCAUGUUCCACCCAGCCAUGUUACCACCCUAGCCAUGUUACCACGUUCCCCCCCAGCCAUGUUACCACUUCCCACCCCAGCCAUUACCACCCAGCCAUUUACACCCCAGCCAUGUUCCCACCCCAGCCAUGUUACCACCUCAGCCUUUCCCACCUCGCCCAGUUACCACCUCAGCCAUGUUCUCAUUACCACCCUCAGCCAUGUUACCCACCCCAGCCAUGUUCCCACCCCAAGCCAUGUUCCCACCCCACCAUGUUCCCACCCCAGCCAUGUUACCGUCUCAGCCAUGUUCCCGCCUCAGCCAUGUUCCCACCCCAGCCAUUAGUUACCGCCUCAGCCAUGUCCCACCUCAGCCAGUUCCCACACUCCCCCUCUAACUAG